AUGGCGCUGGUGGCUCUAGCGAUACUGGCGGCCGGCGUCGUAGCCUUCGACGUCGUCAUGGAGACGAACAUCUUGUCCAAUCGACUUGACUCCCUUCACCUGCGUCCCCACAACGACAGCAGCACCAGCAAUAAGGGACCUACGAAAGAGGCGACGUGUAGUCCAAGCGCAGUCAACAUGAGUGCCAUCAAGUACCAUUCCGGUCAUCGCUACUAUCCACUUCUCCAAGAUCUGACGCCUCUUGCCCCACCGCUUUUCCAGAACGAGCACACUGUCCUUUGCAACGAAAGCUGUCGACACGACUCGACGCUCAGCUACUGUUUACCGAUCUCUGGACGCAAGGACUCGCCAUUUUGCACUGGAGCCGACCGGAUGGAUCUACUGACGCCACAUUCAGCUCAGUCUCGCUGCUACGCUAGUGUGCUGCACAUGUUGUUGAUCGAAGUGUACGAAGAGCUCCAAGCUCUCGGACGAACGCCACUGUUAGUCUUUGGGUCCCUCCUCGGUGCUGUUCGGAACGGGUCGAUGAUCCCUUUUACUGAAGACACAGACAUUGCGUACAAUGGACAGCUGGACACACAUGGCGAGAUCAGUCGCGCGUUGGUUGCAAAGGGUUAUCACGUGUUCUUUCUCGACAUUUGGCGGGUUUGCGUCGCGCCAACCCAUCCUCUUGCUGCUAGACUGUACGACCCGAGACUUUCAAUCACGGCAAACUUUCUGGUGCCAUAUCUUGAUCUGUACGCGAUGGACAAGCUGAAUGACACAGACUGGAGCAUGGAGUGCUUCAGCGAUCGCACGCUGCCACAUGACAAGAUGCAUCCGUUUUCACAAGUAACGAUCAAUGGGUUGUCGUUCGACACUGUGGCUGAUCCAAGUUACUUCUUGAGGAAGAUGUACGGUGAAGGGUACAUGACCCCAAAGCCACGGGAGUAG